UGGAGGAAACAUGCGAGCAUUGACAUGCGUGACCGUCCUGAGAGGACCCGCCGCACAGCCGUGACCCGGUCCGGUCCGGUUCGGAGGAUGUCCGGGAGAGGAGGCGUCAAUAAAGUUCAGGUCAAGCGACGGAUCAGGUGCAUCGUGGAGGAUCUCGAGAACAUCGUAGGAGACCUGAAGGAUGUGGCGAAGGAACUCAAAGAGGUGGUUGAGGAGAUCGACUGCCUGACGUCUGAUCUCCGUCUGGAGGAGGAUCUGACGGAGAGCUCUAAGAUGGACACGCUCAACAGCAGCUCCAGCAGCACCACCACGGCCUCCAGCGUCAAGAUCUACCCCGAGGAGACGCUCUUCAGACCUCCAGCCGUCCUCACCGUCCUGAAGAGACCCGCUCCGUCCAGAGCCGAGGAGAUCACAGCCAACGGAGCGCCGGGCACAGACUCUCUCUGUCACACCACGAAAAGCCUGUCUGAGAAAGACCACGCGAGCCGCUGUCCUCAGACCUCGAGGGAGCGCGUGCGCUUCAGUGAGAAGGUGCAGUAUCACGGCUACUGCUCGGACUGUGACCCGCGGUACGACAUGAACAGCACGGAUCUGCACUUACUCGCCAAACCCAGCCCCGUCCAUCAGUGCUCCAAUCCAGCGCACGCUUUCCCCUCGCAGAAACCACAGAAGACCAUUUUACGCAAGUCCACCAGCACCACCGUUUGACGCAGACCGAGGCUAAACGAACUUGUAUUUUUGUUUGGAGAGACGCUGUGAGAAAGACAGAAGCGGAGGUGUUGAACGGUCUCUCAACCUCCCAUCAUCUUCACCUCCUCACGCCAGUGCUCGCGGUUCCUGACGGAAAGACCCAGAGAAGCUCGGGAUCCUGAUGGAAAUCACAUCGGUGUUCUUCACAGCGAGCGAGCGUUUGAUAACGUCACCCUUCAAAGAAGAGAGAACCAAAAACUACUGCUAAUCCUCCACAACAGAGUAAUGCAGACCCCGACUCCAUCCAACGCUGCCAGAGAGGCAGACGUU